UUAGAAAUGACUAAAUAGAUUUAUUAACUAUGUUACUGUGGAAAUCUAAAAUUAAAAAUUGGUUAAGAUUAGUAAUCAGAAUAUACAAAUUUACAAAAUUAUCUCUUAAAAGAAGAUAUUAAUAAUUAAAAAAAUAAACUUUCUAUAAAAAGUGUUAAAAAUCAGCUGAAAAAAAAAAUGAAAUAAGCAUAAAAAAAUAUCCUUUUUUUCCUCUUGUUGGGCACUAUUGUAGUUUGUGCUACAGAUCCUUCCUAUGGUUAAUGCUAGAUACCUGCUAGUAAGUUAAAUGGUCAGACCUUUAAGUCUAUCAUAUAUCCUGGAUAUGAUAAUGACAGAUUUUCAGGAGAUGUUGUUUUGACGAUUUAGUAUGAUACUUCAUCUAUCCUCUCUCUUAGUCUUAAAGCUAAAGACAGUAACAGUAAGCAACAGGAAUAUGUUUACACACCACUAGCUGACUAAACUGGCUUAAAUUUGAAUACUAAUUUUUAAAUUACAAGAAAAUUAACUGGUGAUAGUUCUAACUUAGCUUUUAGUGAAAUCUAUCAUUUCAUAGCCUCCUGUACUGAAACAAAUGGUGUUUUGACUAAUUUAAUAAUAAAGGCAAGUUUUUCAUAAACACUAAAAGAAUCUACAAAUAAAACAGGAUUUUAAUACUUUGAAUUGUAAUCAUCAAUUAAAAUAUCCUCAUCAUAUUCAAUGCUUAUUAAAUUCAGUUUGCUAUUUUUAUUAGCAUUAUUAUUUUGACCAAUAAAGCUAAUUAAAAUAUAUCUAUAUAUCUAUAUUUAUUCAAACUUAUCUGUAUUUUUUUACUGAAAAAAAUUUGUCAAUUAAACA